GUUGUUCAACUUCAAGGAAGAAGAUGGAAACUAGCUCACUCAAAGUAGAAAUCAGUGCACAGGUAACGUCUCCAGGUCCGUCCUUAGGGUUAUUAAACUCUGUCUUCAUUAGUCAAAUUCGGGAAAUUGAAGAGUUUCUUGUAGAUGAGAGCGAUUAUGGUAACAUAACGAGUCUCGGCUCUUACCUCGAUUCUUCUUCCUUUCCCGACAUGCUAUCGCUUCUCACGUUCAAAGACUUCGAACCAACCACAGUUCAUCAGCAAAUCAAGACCCGUUUCAACGACCUUGUCUUGUCCCGACUUAUCACGGAUCGGAUUGUUCUCGAAUCCCAACGGAAAGACUUGCCACAAGGACCCUUGUUGAUCACGCUAUUGGUCACAUUCACAAAGAAAGAGUACACAGUGGCGCCUUUUAGUUAUGCUCCUUGGAUGACAGAGAAACUAGCAGGAUCUUGUGCGAUUUGUCUAGAGGAGAUGUCGGAGGAGUCGGAAUGUAUGGAUGUGUUUCAUGACGAUUGCUUGACCCAUUGGUUAGAUCGACAUGACCCUUUAAUCAACAAACUGAGUGAAGCUUUGAGGAAGUAAUGAUCCGUGUGUUGCAAGUCUAAUUAGGGAUUUUCUUUUAAUGUUUGGUUCAAUUAGGGUUUCAAUUCUCAAAAAAAUUGUAUUGAUCUCGUUCGUAAUUUUGUUGGCAAAAACUAUAAUUUUUAAUGAUAUUAGUUUGCUUUAAUUCUCG